UGAAACGCUGACAUGAGCAGUUCAAAAGCAAACUGCCCAAGCUUUCACAAAGUAUAAGAGGCUGUGGAAGCUGAGGUUAAAAUCAGCUCAGACGAAACAGCCACGAGAACCAUGGGCCAUGCCAUGAUCCUCAUCACUCUGCUGCUCUCCAUAUCCAUUGUUGAGACACGGAAACAUCUUGAAAACCAAACUGAGGAGGGUGAGACAUUUCCGUUUCAAUUCCAAUCCUCUGUAAAGGGAAAAGAUGUUGUCGAUAAAGAGAAGGAUACGCUGGUUACCUGUGGACUCUGCAAACUCGUUGUGUUCAAGUUGCAAAACAAGGUUGGCAGUUGUAAAAGCAAGGCAAAAAUCAUGAAGAUGCUGGACAAAUUUUGUGAUCUACUGAAUGUAAAACCACUCAAGACACCUUGCAAGAAAUUUGUUACAAAACAUGUCAAUACACUUAUAGACGCCCUCGUUAAAGCCCUCAUUCUGUGCAUCUUGGUGACCUGCUCAGUCUGGGCAGGUCCAGAAGAGUGA